CUUAUUAUACCUCAGUGGUCACGGCUGUUUACACAUUUGGCUGGUGCUAGCAACCACUGAGCUUUGGAAGCUUGUAGAUUCGGUGUUUAAUGUAUUGCAUCGGGAAAGAAACAGACAAUUUAUGCAUGGCAAUGUUGUGAGCAAACACGUAGCAUAAGUCCUAAAGAAGAGGUGUCAGUAUCUCGAGUCAAGAGAACAUCUUUUGACAGCGAGCGAGGGGCAAUCUUGGCUUGGGUUCGGUACACGGGCAUGGCAGCGGCAACAGUGGUCGAGAAUGAUCCGACGGCGAGCGAAGGCGGUGCCGCAUCAUUCUCGGAGCCGGAGGUCCACAGCCCUAUCUGGAACGACACUCAACUUCGAAAGUAUCCUUUCCAGACCAGACCGAUACCCAGACUCUCUCACACGGAUCCUAGAGCUGAGAUGCUCAUAAACAACGAGGAACCGGUGGUUUUAACAGACACCAAUCUAGUGUAUCCGGCUCUCCAGUGGGACAUCCCGUACCUGCAGGAGAACAUUGGAAACGGGGACUUCUCUGUGUACAUCGCGGAAAACCACAAAUUCCUCUACUAUGACGAGAAGAAAAUGGCCAACUUUGAGAACUUUGUACCCAAGUCUCGACGGAUAGACAUGAAAUUCUCGGAUUUUGUGGAGAAAAUGCAUAAAACGCAGGAAGAGGGAGGAGAGGAGAGGGUGUACCUGCAGCAGACACUGAACGACACAGUGGGCAGGAAGAUCGUGGUGGACUUCCUGGGUUUCAACUGGAACUGGAUCACCAAGCAGCAGAGCAAGAGAAACUGGGGACAGCUCACCUCCAACCUGCUGCUCAUAGGCAUGGAGGGCAAUGUGACGCCAGCCCAUUACGACGAGCAGCAGAACUUCUUUGCACAAAUCAAAGGUUACAAGAGGUGCAUCCUGUUCCCUCCCGACCAGUUUGAGUGUCUCUACCCCUUCCCUGUUCACCACCCCUGUGACAGACAGAGCCAGGUUGACUUUGAGAACCCUGACUAUGAGAGGUUUCCCAACUUCAAGAAUGUGUCGGGCUAUGAGACUGUGGUGGGCCCGGGAGAUGUUCUCUACAUCCCCAUGUACUGGUGGCACCACAUUGAGUCCCUGUUGAGUGGUGGAGUGACCAUCACUGUCAACUUCUGGUACAAGGGUGCGCCCACGCCCAAGAGGAUCGAGUACCCACUGAGAGCUCAUCAGAAGGUGGCCAUCAUGAGAAACAUAGAGAAGAUGCUGGGGGAGGCACUGGGAGACCCACACGAGGUUGGCCCUUUAUUGAACAUGAUGAUUAAAGGCCGAUAUGACCAGGGAUUCAGCUAGAGGUACUGCCUCAGAACUGUCUGUGUGUGUAGUUGUGUGAGUGAGUGUGCCCAGGCCUGAUUGUGUGUUUGUAGGUGAGCAUGUGUGUGCAGACACGUGUUUGUGCAUUCGGACUGUUAAGCUAGCAGUGACUUGGCCAAUCAGCCAAUUUGACUGUUUUGAUUGUCUGGGAGCCAUAAUCAUCACAACUUCAGCCACCAGUGGGAAGACAAUAGUGGACAACGGACCAGCCAUGGAGACCCACAUGCAGUGUGCUGUCAGAGAGGGAUGAACUGUGUAAACUACACAAUGUAGAGUUGUGGUAUUUCAGAGGGAGUGGAGUGAUAGGCAACCGCUGUAGAUGUCAAAGAAUAAACCACAAACACCCUCAAAGUGGAAGUUGCCCAUAAUUAACCACUGAUGCAGGGUCAGAUAUUGGACAUUUUAUCAUCACACCCAAUAUGAUUGGGGUUGGGAAAAUCUGAUCCUAGAUCUGUAGUUGGGGGCAAUUUCUACAUUGAACAGUAAACAGGUGUGUGUGUUGGGUGGUUGUUAGUCAUAACCAACAAGAUACUCCCUURGUCUAUUUAACCGUUCCCCUGUCAUUACUGUUUGUAACCAUAGCAACACACCUGCAGCUUGAAUAUUAAAUAGGGAAUAGUUGUGUAGUAACUAAAGUAGGCCUACUUAUUUUGUGACAAACUUCUCAAUUAAUUUGCGACACAUGAACCCUGAAAGAGAUGAGUCAUAUUCUUGUUCUGUUGACUAGGUCAGUAAGCUGAUUUUUGUUUCUGUAUGAUUGCUGAACAUUUCUAUGUUAUAGCCGACAUACCUUUUCUUUGAUGGUGUGUUUUUGUGUACAUUCAGGCAUAACUGAUUUUCUGUUGGUGUGUUUUUGUGUACAUUCAGGCAUAACUGAUUUUCUGUUGGUGUGUUUUUGUGUACAUUCAGGCAUAACUGAUUUUUGUUUGGUGUGUUUUUGUGUACAUUCAGGCAUAACUGAUUUUCUGUUGGUGUGUUUUUGUGUACAUUCAGGCAUAACUGAUUUUCUGUUGGUGUGUUAUUUUUUUUUUUGUAAAUCUGUUAUGAUUACAAUUAAGUUAAUGAGGAUGGGCUUAAAAGUAUUUAAACUAAUUUCAAUUUCAGCUGGACAGUAAAAUAGAAGAGUAGAUUGCACCCAGCAUGCUUCCAGUGGAAUGAUUGAAGACAUCUCACCAGUUUUGCUACUCAAAUGCAUCCUAUAACAGGUUUCCCAAACUCAGUCCUGGGGCCCCCCCUGGGUACACGUUUUGGGUUCUGCCCUGGCUCUACACAGCUGAUUCAAAUAAUUAAAGCUUGAUGAAGAGUUGGUUAUUUGAAUCAGCUGUGUAGUGCUAGAACAAAAAAUGAAACGUUCACCCAGGACCGAGUUUGGGAAACACUGUUCUAAAAAACAGUUCUGUUUUGCUCCGGUAACAGUCACACAAUACGCUAACCCUAUAUUCAUUUAAAUUCAAUAUAAUGUCAAAUAUAUUCUACUUGUAGUUAUUACAACAGUAUUUCUUAGUACUCGUACCAAGACUGUACCUAGUGGAUGGUUUGCAUGCGUGUGUGCCUCUCCAAUCUUACACUUCCCCUACUGUUGCUGUUUUUUCUCAAUUCUUUUCGGAAGGAUGUCAAAGAGUGUGUAGAGUUCAGUUGAAUUCCGGUUGUUAUUGUGCCAUUGUCAAGUGUUUCUAGUGAACACUUCACUUCAACAGGUGCAGUUUAGAGCACAGGACUUAUUUAAAGCACAUAUUGGAAGUCCUAGUGCUGUGUACCAAACCAGGUGUGUCCUUACCUGGGUUGGGGCUAUUUCAAUUUGGUCAAUUCAGGAWGACAACUGUCAUUUCAAUUUUCCUCAAUGAUUUUCUGUGAGGAAAAUGUGGAGUUGGAAUUUUAGUUUACUUAAUGUAAACGAUGUUCAGAAAGUUGUAUGUAUGGAGGCCCUGGUGUGACAUUGGUUUGACUUGAUUUUAAGCUGCAUCAUAUUCAUUUGUUAUUAAAACGAUUAGCCUAGUUAAACCAGACUGACCACGGCUGUGUGAAUGGUGAACGCAGCAUUCCGUCUGAUUUAACUACUAGGCUAAUAUACUAAUGCUGCAUGUUAAAUUCCUACACCUUCAGUGACUGACAGAAUAUUUCUAGGGGAGUUUCUAUGUUCUAGCCAUGUGUAUUAUGAUUAUUAGCAUUUUCCCAACAGCAUGUAUUGUACUCCUCUGGCUUUCCAAAAACAAAUAUGGAAUCCAUCAAGCGGAAUGUUCAUAUCUUAUUGUUUAUAUUUAGGCUAAUAUUCUAAGAAUGUUAAAGUCCAUCAAAGUGGAAUGUUCAUAUCGUAUUGUUUAUAUUUAGGCUAAUAUUCUAAGAAUGUUAAUGUCAAGGGAGUGUAUGCUUGAUUGUUGAUAUUAUAUCAAUAUUGUUGAUGAAUAGACUAGUUCUUCAAUGAAUUAUUAUUUGGCAGUUAAGUCUGAGGUUAAAUUGCUCUCUUCUGUGUAUUUGUUUCUCCCACCUGUGUGCCUAGCUUGGUUAUGACAUGGCUCAAGAAACAGCCAGAACAAUGAUAUUUUUAUUUAAUUUUUGCAUUAUGUAGCUUUAAAUGCAAAACCUGAACAUGGUUAAAUCAACUAUUUGCUGUGUUUUUUUUAUUUUACAAAUACAAAACAAUUUUCUGGGUUCCUGCACUUGUAUGAUUUGAGUUUGUCUGCUGUAUGUAAUUUGCACUGAUUUCAAAUUGACUGCUGAACAAGAGUUCUAUUGUUGUGCUAGUGGCUUUGUAAUAAAAUCUGAAACUUUUUUGAUCAA